AUGACUAAUCCCGAGUCUCAAUAUCAAUUUGUUCCUUGGCCAGUUAAAUCAUCCUCAAAUUUAUCUGGUAUUUAUAAACAAAAUCAAGAUAAUUGUCAAAUGUUUAAUAUACCAACAAGAUUCAUACCAAUGACAUAUUUGCAACCAAAAGAACAAUCUGCAAGUACUUUUUCUAAAGAUGAAAAAAUGAAAUCAUCAGAUAUCGUUUUAACGGGACUAUUAUCAUCAUCAUUUGAACCAUUAUUAUCUGAAUCGAAUAUUAAAAAUUCAUUCCAUACAUUAAACACUCCAUCAUAUUCAUCAUUAAUGUUAAAUUCAUUAAAUAAUACACAAUCUCGUAAACGUAAACAACCAAUCAAUGAUUCCUCUUUAUUUCUUACACCUACAAUACCAGCAAAACGUUCACCUACUGUUACCAUGUUCUUUCCAACAAUGAUGCCAUCCAAUAAUUCAGUGAUGAUGCUUAUUAAUAAUAGUAAAUGUAUUCAAACUGAUUCAACAAAUUCAUUAACAUCUAGUCAUCAAAAUAAUCUUGAACAAGACGAACUAAUUGCUCAAAUAAAUGAAUUACGUCGUUCAAAAUCUGACAUACAAUGUCAAUAUGAAUCCACUGUUGAAACAAUAAAACGUUGUUUAACAAUAACACGUUCAUUACUUAUUGAUAAAUCUCAACUUGAAAAAAAACAAGUACGUAAAAAAGUUAUGGAGAAUCGUUUACAUCUUGGUCAAUUUUUAACACAACGACAAGGUAUGUCCUUUAUUGAACAAUGGAAUGAUGGAUAUGAUUUUUUGGAAAAAAAACGUGCUCAAGAACAAUUAAUAUUAACUAAAAAAAAUUUGAAUAAAGAUCGAAAAAUUUUAGCAAAAAAGAAAUCAUUUUUACAACAACAAUUAAUGAUGACAACAACAGGUAUUGAUGAAAUAAAUUCUAAUAAUAAUAGUAAUUUCAAUUAUCAUGAAUUGAUGAAUUCAAUGUAUACACCUUCAACAAAAUUGAAACGAACAAAUAAAAAUUUAACUAUCAAAACAUUGACAAGUCCACAAAAAUCUACAUCACUUAUUGUUACAUUAAAUAAUGGUCCUUUGAAUACUUUAUCAUAUCAUCAAACACAAUUAUUUUCUGAUAAUUCAAAUGAUAGUCCUCAUUUAUUUUCAUCGAAUGAUAGCGGGAGUUCAUCAUCAUCAUCUUCAUCAUCAUUUAUUUCAAAUUCUUCAUCAUCUAUAUUGACAUUAAAUGAUUGGUAUGAAUAUGAUGAAGUUCUUCGUCUUCGACAACUGACACUUAAACGUGAAGAAACAGAUUUAAUUCAAGAUUUAGAAAAACUUGAUCGUCAACGAAAUCUUCAUAUAAGAGAAUUAAAACUUGUAUAUAAUGAAGAUCAUUCAAGAUUUAAUAAAAAUAAUAUUCUUCAUGAUCGUUAUUUACUAUUAACACUUAUUGGUAAAGGUGGUUUUAGUGAAGUACAUCGUGCAUUUGAUUUAAAUCAACAAUGUUAUGUUGCUUGUAAAAUUCAUCAAUUAAAUAAAGAAUGGAAAGAUGAAAAAAAAGCAAAUUAUAUUAAACAUGCAUUAAGAGAAUAUAAUAUACAUAAACAUCUUGAACAUAAACGUAUUGUUAAAUUAUUUGAUGUUUUUGAAAUUGAUACAAAUUCAUUUUGUACAGUUUUGGAAUAUUGUGAUGGAAAUGAUUUAGAUUUUUUUCUUAAACAAAAUAAAACAAUUCCAGAAAAAGAAGCACGUUCAAUUAUAAUGCAAAUUGUUAAUGCACUUAAAUAUCUUAAUACAGAAGCAAAACCAUCUGUGAUUCAUUAUGAUUUAAAACCAGGUAAUGUUCUUCUUGGAACAGGACCUAACAGUGGAGAAAUAAAAAUAACUGAUUUUGGUUUGUCUAAACAAAUGCAUCAAGAUAUAUUUGAUGAAGAUGGAAUGGAUCUUUCUUCUCAAGGUGCUGGGACAUAUUGGUAUUUACCACCAGAAGUAUUUGUGCAGGGUCCAAAUCCACCUAAAAUUUCAUCGAAAGUUGAUGUUUGGAGUGUGGGCUGUAUUUUUUAUCAAUGUUUAUAUGGACGAAAACCUUAUGGUCAUAAUUUAUCACAAGCGGCUAUAUUAGAAAAUCAAAUAAUUUUAAAUGCAAAAGAAAUUCAAUUUCCAAAUCGACCUUUAGUAUCUACUGAAGCAAAAUUAUUUAUUCGUCGUUGUUUAACUUAUAAAGUACAUGAUCGUCCAGAUGUUUUACAAUUAAGUGAAGAUAAAUAUUUGAAAUCUUAUUCAAAACGUUCAGCAUUAACAUCAUCUUCAUUACUUUUUUGUCCUACAUAA